UGCAGCUAUUUGUGGGACGUGCCGAUUUCAUACCGGACUUUGGAUGCAAAUAACUGGAAGGACAGCAACACGUGGCUUCUGCGAAACCAGAAAAACAUUCAAAUACCACGAGGUCAGGGAGUCGACUGGAUCAAAGUAAAUAAUGAUUACAUGGGCUACUACGCUGUUAAUUACGACGAGGAUGUGUGGAACAUAUUCGCGUCAAUGAUGCAGAACGAUGCUCAGCGUUCCAAGUUCACCCCUUCCGACCGAGCAAAUUUGAUUGCGGACGCGUUUAAAUUAGCAGCAGCAGCUCAGCUGAAUUACUCGAUUCCGUUCGAGUUUGCUAAAUCUCUGCGAAAAGAGACCCACGCCGUUCCAUGGGAAAUCGGCUACUAUGCGCUUGAAAACAUCCGGUUGCUUUUGGCAUCCUCGCCCACUUCAUCGGCACUC